AUGCAGACUCUGCCCACAGCUGGAGCUGACACUGGGUCACGACCCCUCAAGGAAGGUCUCCUGGAGCUGAUGGCUACGCUCAACAUGCAGGCGAACCAGGUGUUCACGGCGUGGGCCCUGAGCCCUCCAACCCCCUACCCCUGCCAGGUCAGCUCUCUGGUCCUGCCUGAGAGGACUCCGGAGGAGGAGAAGGAGGAUGAGAUGGAAUGGGAGGAGGAGGAGGAGGAGGAGGAAGAAGAAGAAGAAGAGGAUGCAGAAAGGGGGGCUCUGGUAUUCCACCACCUGUACCUGGCUUAUCCCUGGCUGGUCCCCACCCCCUUGCCCCUCUGGAUGGGCCACCUCUGGCCUGGGCCACCGAAGACCCCCGCGAUCCGACAUCUCCCGCCGGACUCCCCUCUCCCCAUCCCCACCAGGAGCCCCAACUCGAAACUGGUGCCCCCGCCACCGCCCCCGAGUGCUACCGGGACCGUGGGAGCAGAGGUGCCGCCGGACCCAGACCACACUGCUUCUGGGGGCCAGUCUGUGCAGGUGUUGUUGACUGAUUCCCAGAUCUGGACUCCACACAGACACCACAUCCGGCACCUCCACCAGUUCAACUGGCGUCAACGAGGGGCCAGACUCAAUGUCAAGCGGCGAGAUAAGAUCAUGGACAAUGGAGUCCUGGAAUGUCAUUAG